GCGCUUAAGACGCUGCUGCUGCUGCUGUCACCUGCUGCUGGGGCUUCAGACCAGACACGACCUACAGUUGUGUCCCAAUUACUCUGCGAAAUACUGCACUCUUCCCGUGCAGGGACAAUACACCCACUGGUUUUACUAUUACUAAGCAGGUUGCCUUGCUGAUGCAAUGCUGAAAGAAUAGAAAGCUGAGCCUCCCAUGGCUGUAAGCACCAUGGACUCUGAGUCAGCCCGGACCCCUCAGCCUCAGGCUGCCCUGACCAAAGGAGGGCGCUCCCUGCUACCUGUUGGUGCCCUGAGUGCUAAGCUGGGCCCUCAAGGGAAGCAUUAUGUCUGCGGUUCUGUCGCAGCUUUUACUAACAUCAUGGUGACUUUCCCCAUCCAGAAGCUGCUGUUCCGCCAGCAGCUCCAUGGUGUUCUGGCCACAGAGGCGGUACGACAGCUUCAGAGGGAUGGGCUGAGAAAUCUCUACCGGGGCCUGCUGCCCCCACUGCUCCAGAAAAGCACUACAGUGGCCAUCAUGUUUGGGCUGUACCAGGACUUCUCCAGAGUCUUACUGGAACAGGCACGUGGUAGUGGUUUGCCAGAGCUGGCCACACGAAGCUUUGCUGCAGCAUUAGCAGGAACUGCAGAGGCCAUCUUGACACCGUUUGAGCGUGUGCAGACUCUCCUUCAAGACCAUCGGCACCAUGGCCGCUUCAACAACACAGCUCACACCUUCCGAACACUUCUGACACAGCAUGGUGUCAGUGAAUGCUACCGUGGCCUCGUGCCCAUACUCCUCCGUAAUGGCCCGAGCAAUGUGCUCUUUUUCGGGCUGCGUGGACCCAUUAAGGAGCAGCUCCCAGAGGCCUCUAGCCGGGCUGGCCACAUGGUUAAUGAUUUUGUGUGUGGAGGGUUGUUAGGGGCAGCCCUUGGCAUUAUGUUCUAUCCAUUAAACGUGGUAAAGUCCCGAGCUCAGUCUCAGGUCGGUGGAGCUUUCCAGCCUUGCAGACAGGUGCUGCUGACAGUGUGGAGAGAGAGGGGCUGCAGUGUGGCCAUGCUCUUUAGAGGGGCCCAUCUCAACUACCACCGUUCACUGCUGUCCUGGGGUAUCAUCAACGCCACCUACGAGCUGCUGCUCAAGCUAAUAUGAGGGGAGGGAGACGAAGAUGAGAAAAUAGAGAUCUAAAGAACAAGAGAAAGUAUUUAAAGGGAAAAAUAUGUUUAGAAUCGGUCUGUUGUGAAGAAAGGAAAUUGAAAGUAAAGCCAAUGCACUUGCUCUUUGCUGUGAGUCUGGAGUUUCUGAGUGAGAAAGAAAGAGACGUGGAGCUGAACUUCUGACAGGGGCCAAUACUCAGUUUGAGUUCAAACAACCUGCCACAUGCUGUAACUAUUUCCUGUUGUCAAAGUAUUAAAAAAACCAUACACAUGCUUAAGCCUACAUAUAAACCUGUGCCAGGGUCCAACUGAAUGCCCUUGUUUGCUCUACAAAAAUUCAAGGGGAGCAAACUGAAUUUCAGUGAUUCCCCUCCCCCUCCACUAUUUCAAUCAAAGGUUACUUGAGUGUAUUCUCUGUUUUGUAGGAGACUCUGUUUCUUUAUAUGUGCUGUGUGCUGUGGUGUUCUGUCUAUCUGUUUGACCAAGAGCACUUUCUGUCAGAGGUCGUGAUCUGCCACAUAACUGAAAGACUUUUGUACUUUUUGUCAAUUUAAAUGCCCCCAAAUCACUGUCAAAUCAAGUGUUAGUCUUUUCUUCCCUUUAUCUUAAUCAGCCAAUAAAUGUGAGAUGACAAGAUUUAUACUCAUAAUAACUGAAUUGCUUAUGAGUGUUCUUUGAAAAUACCUUCUAGCAAACACAGGCAGGCUAUUUUAAACAGCAUAAAUAUAUUUAUGUUGUUUAUAAUUUAUUGGAAAGGAGAGAAAUUAUUUAAAAUUUAUUCAAAUCUUUCCCACAGAAAAUGUCUGUUGGUGUUAAGUUUCUUUUUUUAACAGAAUCUCAAAAAAUACGUUUUUUAUAUAAAUUUGAUUGCACCUUUUUCUUUUUCAGCUUUUGUGUAGUUAUUUACUCUCAACUUUAUUUUAUUAAUGAUUUUUUUCUUUCAAAACAAAAUUUAAAAUCUCAUGUUUAAUCCAUCUAUUUGUCCUCCUCUGCUCAUUCUUUGACACUGUUACUUAUCUCACGCUUGCUCUCCUCUCUGCCUGUAACAUCUGUUGACAUAAUGGGCUCAGAUUUCAAGCUUGAGUAGAGGCAGUCACUACGCAGCCGCUCUGGCUGGGUACGACAGCCCGAAGAGGAAAGGCAUGCUGCUCGGACACUGAGAGAGAGAAUGAACAGUAAUGCUGCUGAAAGAAGACAGGCGCAAAGGGUAAUGUUCACUGGCACAAAAAGCUCAAGCUGCCAUGUAAAUGGAUCACUUGGCCUAUUUCUUCAAUUCUUUUUUUAUUAUGACUGUCCACAGUCGCGGUUCAUGAACUUUUUUUUUCAGGAUGAUCUCGUGAAAGACUUUGUUGUGACUCAGGCUUUGAAAGUAGGACACCCUUGCAGAAAUUAAAUGUUGCUGUCUAUGUAAAACACUUAUCUCAGAAGCACAAAUCACCAAAACUCCAUUAAAAACCGUUUCUGAAAGUUGCAACCACAUGAAAUGUUAAAGUUAACCCAUUAAAAAGUGUGGACAGAUA